AUGGACGUUAUGUUUAUUGACGGUGAUGGUCGACGGCUUCCUCUGGACCACGAUUUAUUGGAAGAUUUGCUUGGAGAUGGGUGCCUAUCAGACCUGGAGCUGUCAGACGGAGAGGGAACCAGCUGCUACAGUACCUCGUUUGUUGUCGACAGAGCCAUGAAACGUGGCGAGGUAUUACAAUUUACGUCCAACGAUGUGGUUUUAGUAAAAUUGAAGGACAACAGAGGGGUUUUAAUGGCUUCCAAUUGCACUGGUGGGAACCAGACUUCAUUGAUUCCUAGAUGGGACAAGAAACAAAAGUCUUACGUGUCAGUAGCUGCACCAAGCAUAGUUCUCAACUACAAUAAAAAUAUGGGUGGUGUCGACGUUCUCGACCAGCUCAUUGAGUAUUAUAGGACGUACCAGAAGACAAAGAAAUGGACUGUAAAGGUUCUCAUCCAUUUCUUAGACCUUGCAGUCGUUAAUUCUUGGAGGCAAUAUAAGAUUGCUUGUGAUGCAAAAAAAACUAAGGCCAAAGAUUUGCUGUGGUUUAGGGUAAAUUUAGCUGAUGCUCUUAUAAAUUGCAAUACAGAAACCCAUGAAGACAACUUGGAUGAAGAUGCUCAGUCAUUGCCAUGUGUUGAGAGGCCUCACAAAAGAUACAGGCCGGCAUUACCACCUGCCUUUGAUAAGCGAUACGAUCAGUUUGGCCAUUUCCCUGUUUCUGAUGACUUAUCAAGAGGCAGGAAAUGUCGCCUAGAAAGCUUCACCGAAUGUUUCAAUAAUGUGGAAAUUGAGAAAGAAAAUUUACCCGCCGUGGAACGAGUGAAAUGUCCUGAAUGUGACUAUAUACUAAUUCCCUGUAUAGAAGAAGACGAUGAGAAAAACAUUAUCUUUGACAAUUGUAUUAGAUGGCUGGUGGAUGCCAAGUGGUCCAACGAGUGGACGCAAAGUGGGUACUUCGCCUAA